UGCGGGGCACGCGCCGCAGAAGUGAGGCGAACAAGCGCGACAUGAACUGUGGCGUCCUCGCAGCGGUUAUCUCACUGUAACGAAAUUAGGCGCAAAGAGAAGGAGUCCGCCGGAGAAAUCAAGGGAGGAGACGGCUUAUAAGCGAACGAGCGCAGAGGAAAAGUGCAAGGUUCGGUUCGAAGGAUGUACUGCACGCGUCGGCUCGUCAGUUAGAGACACGGAGGACUCCCCUGGAUGUUACGAGCGCCUCUGCCAUUCUGUGAUCCCAGCAGGUUUGGAAGCGAGAGGAGCUUGCAAUCGUUUCAUCAUCUCCAAAGCUUGCAGCACGACACAGAGGCAGUGCACAGGGAAAGCAAGAUUGCAUUCCGCCGCAUAUAGAGUACAGCUUUAAUGAAGAAUAACCAGACCUGCUAACAGUUUCGCCGAAAGGGGACACGAUACCCUCAAGACCAAGGAUGGGGUUACCAUGGAAACCACUUCUCUUUCUGUCAAUCAUCAGUGGCCUUUCAGAGUUCUGCGGAGCAGUCGGCGGGCGGUCUGCAUCGUACGCGGCAGUGCUGAGGAUGAAGCCGGACAGCUCAUCGUCGCCGCUCAGCACCCGGAGCAGGUCCCGCUACAGCCACGGCGUGGGAUCCUCCUCCUCCUCUCUUGGCUGGCUGGCCCCGUCCCGACAGCACCUGUCAGCGCACAGUGUUCACAGCUCCCAGGAGGACGACAGGAGCAAGGAAAGUGCCAGGUUUGGGCCCGUGUUUCUUCAGGAGCCUGACGAUGCUAUAUUUGCACUGGAUUCAGAAGAGAAGAAAGUGACAAUGAACUGUGAGGCUCGAGGGAACCCCACACCCACAUACAGAUGGAUGAUCAAUGGGACAGAGGUGGAUGUCAGUGCCGAUUUCCGCUACAGCCUGAUUGACGGCGCCUUGAUUAUCGCCAGCCCAAGCGAAGACAGAGACUUGGGGAGGUACCAGUGCAGGGCAGACAACAGUGUAGGCUCCAUCAUUAGCCGGGAAGCCCUGCUGCAGUUUGCAUAUCUGGGGAACUUCAGCGGGAGGACACGGGGAGGCGUGUCCGUGCGGGAAGGCCAGGGCGUGGUGCUCAUGUGCACUCCUCCUCCGCAUUCGCCAGAAAUCACCUACAGCUGGGUAUUCAACGAGUUCCCCUCGUUUGUGGCAGAGGACAGCAGACGCUUCAUCUCGCAGGAGACGGGAAACCUCUACAUCUCCAAGGUCCAGCCCUCGGAUGUCGGCAGCUACAUCUGUCUGGUGAAGAACACGGUGACCAACGCCCGGGUUCUGAGCCCGCCGACACCGCUGACGCUGAAAACAGAUGGAGUAAUGGGAGAAUAUGAGCCCAAGAUUGAGGUGCACUUCCCCCUCAUGGUGACUGCUGCCAAAGGAGUGACAGUGAGGUUGGAGUGCUUCGCUUUGGGAAAUCCGGUGCCCACCAUCACCUGGAGGAAGCUGAACGGCAACAUACCGAAGAAGGCGCGGCUGCGGAAGUCACAGGCCGUACUGGAGAUCCCCAACAUCCAGCUGGAGGACUCGGGGACCUAUGAAUGCAAGGCCGAGAACCCCCGAGGGGGAAACGCCUUCCGCGGGCAGCUGCAGGUCUACACCUACCCUCAGUGGAUCAGCAUGAUUAAUGACACCCAGCUGGACAGUGGAGAGCAGCUACAGUGGGAGUGCAAGGCCACGGGGAAGCCGAGACCCACCUACCACUGGCUGCGCAAUGGCGCCCCCGUCCUCCCACAGAGCAGAGUGGAGAUGGUGAAUGGGGAGCUGUUCAUCCGUGGCGUGAGGCUGGAGGAUUCUGGCAUGUACCAGUGCAUAGCAGAGAACAAGUAUGGGGCCAUUUACUCCAGCGCAGAACUCAAGAUUUUAGCAUCGGCUCCCAGCUUUCAGUCCAGCCCGGUGAGGAUCAUCGCCACAGUGGGGAAGGAUGUGUCACUGGAGUGCAGUCCCAGGGCGUCUCCCAAAGCCAACAUCACCUGGAGGAAAGGGGACAGGAGGGUGCUGCCCAGCAGGAGGAUCUCAGUGCUAAGGAAUAACACCCUGAGGAUAGUGAACUCCAGUCGCGCUGAUGAGGGGAACUACGUGUGCCGGGCGGAGAAUAAAUUCGGCAUGGCAGAGAUGACCACCGUACUGUGGGUGAAAGAGGCCAUGCGCGUGGAACUGACCCCGGCGCGGGUGGAGGUGACCGUGGGCGAGAGCGUGGUCCUCAGCUGCAAGGCCAUCCAUGACCCCUCGCUGGACGUGAACUUCCUCUGGCUGCUCAACCACCAACCCCUCAACUUCCAGCAGGAAGGGGGCCACUUUGAGUACAUCAGGACACAGUCUUCCACUGCCGACCUUAUGAUCCGGAGCAUUCUCCUGAAGCAUGCUGGGAAGUAUGGCUGUCGGGCCCAGACCAGCGCCGAUACAGUUUAUGCGGAGGCUGAGCUUCUGGUCCGAGGUCCCCCUGGGCCUCCCGGAGUUGUCAUUGUGGAGGAAAUCACAGACACCACGGCGACGCUGUCCUGGAGCCGCGGGGUGGACAAUCACAGCCCCAUCAGUGCCUACAAUCUGCAGGCCCGGAGCCCCUUCUCGUUGGGCUGGCAGACCGUGAGGACAGAUCCUGAGCCAGUGACCGGGGACAUGGAGUCAGCUAUGGCAGUCCAGCUGAACCCCUGGGUAGAGUACGAAUUCCGGGUGGUGGCCAGCAACGCCAUCGGGACAGGGGACCCCAGUUUACCCUCAAGGGUGGUCAAGACUAAGGAAGCAGUUCCUUCGGUGGCCCCAGCGAACGUCAGCGGAGGGAACGGCCGCAGGCACGAGCUGGUGAUCUCAUGGGAGCCGGUGUCAGAGGAGUUUCAGAACGGGGAGGGAUUCGGCUACAUUGUGGCUUUCCGUGCCAACGGGACACGAGGCUGGAAGGAGAAGAUGGUGACGUCCGCUGACUCCACCACCUUCAAGUACCGGGAUGAGACCUUCCCACCCCUCACCCCCUUCGAAGUGAAGGUGGGCGUGUACAACAACAAAGGGGACGGGCCAUUCAGCAAGGUGGUCACCGUCUACUCCGCAGAGGGUGAGCCCAGGGAGGCUCCUACUGAAGUGAAAGCUGCCAGUUUGUCCUCUUCUGAGAUCCAAGUCGACUGGAGACCCCCAAAUCCAGGUCCGGGGAGACCCUGGGGGUAUGAGGUGAACUACUGGAAAGAUAUGGAACAGGAGGAGUCUGGUGUGAAGAUGAAAACUCCUGGAAACGAGACAUCCAUCUUACUGACCGGGCUGGAGGGAAACACCCUGUAUCACAUCACUGUGAAGGGCUACAACAACAUCGGCCAGGGCCCCACCAGCAGCGCCGUGCGUGCCAAGACCAAGAAAUCCCCGCCCAGUCAACCUCCCAGCAACCUCAUGUGGAUCCAGGAUGGGGACAACGUGUCUUUAGGGUGGGAACCGGUCAAAUCGCUGGACAAUGAGUCUCACGUCAUGGGAUAUAAGGUGUUACUGCGUCAGGAGGGGCGGAGCCACAGCCAGGUGAUCGAGACCCACAACCCCUCGGCAGUCCUGUCACUGACGGAGGGGGGCACCUACAUCAUCGAGGUGCGGGCAAUCAGCGAGGGUGGCGAGGGCACGGCCAGCGCUCAGAUCCGAGUGCUCACCUCCUCAGGCGUCCGGGCGAAGAGCGGUCAGCCCUCUGCGCACAGCUCCUCGUGGGGCUCGUUACGUCAUGGGGGGGCCGCGCUGCUGCUGCUGGCUGCACUGGUGCCUUUAGCUCCCUGGUGAGGCCACAGGCCCCUGCCCCACUCCCCCCUCGCCCGCCCCGCGGGAGCCAGACUUCUCUCACACACACAGGCGGCUUGCUUGGCCUUAUCCCGUCGACAGAGCCCACGGCCUGCCGAAACGGACAGCUUUCUCCCCAGACAAGGAUGGUCUGAAAUAUGCAUUUCUUUUUUUUUUCCCCUUUUAUGAUUUGGACUAUUUUUUUCAGAAGUCAUUGUAGUAUCGUACUGUACGUUGUGCAGAGAGAGUGGUUUGUUCCUCUUGCCGAGGCCUCCGUGUACACACCACCGUCUAACAACUUCCAGAAGGUUCACCUAGUUCCAGAGAAAAAAGGACUAUUAAUCUGCAGUGGCUCUAAAACAAGGACUUCUUCAAGAUGGUUCUGUGUCAGACAUUUGCGUUCUUUUGCCCCUCCCUCAGCUGCCCAACCGACAAACGCAGCAAAAACUCUGUAGAGUUAAGUGCAUUGUUUUCUUAUUCACAAAAGACAGUUUUUUAUAGUAUGAGAGUCUUACUAUUUCCAGAUCUGCUUUUUGUACUUUGUGUUACCUUUAGAAAAAAAAAGUGGCGUAUGUGUCGAGGUUUCUGUUUUGCGGUAGCCAGCAAAGAUACCAGGAGAAGGGUGGGGAGGGUGACGGUCGAGAGCGAUAGCUGACAGGCUCUUACCUGUAGUGCCCAAACACAUCAUUAGACAAUGACAAAAAUGACUCUGUGGCGUGACAAAAUAAAUAAAUGUGAUGUAUAUUUUUAAUGGCUAAUGGUCUGUCUGCUCAUUAAGAAGGAAAUGAAAGUGAGAACAACACCAGGUGACGUGUACAUAUUUAUAUGUGACUCCAUUAACCUGAGCCAUCCAAUUGCAUUUAAGACCUCUGUGAUCCAUAUUCAUUCAUGUCAAGCUACUUUUCAGCUGUGGUGCUUAUUUGUGUCUCUAAGGUCAAUAGAGGGGUAAGUAAAGGUACGUUUUAAUUGUGCAGUCCAGUCAAUUGAAACAAGCACCAUCUUUACCAAUCAGCAUCGACAUUACAGAGAGCAUGUUCUUAAUAACUGCAAAUCCUUGUUCCAUCCAGUUUUUUAACUGUAAGACUUUCUCCUAGAUAAUCCAUGCUGCAUUUGCCUUUUCUGUGCAAGGGAAUAAAGGGAUGAACGAAACUAAUGUCCUCUCCUUUGCAGUUAUCCCUGUGUGCCGUACCUGGCGCCUGCUUGACUCUCGUAAAAUUGCCUCUGAGGCUUGAUGAAAGCUCAGCCAGGGUAUCACGCUCUUAUCGCAUGCCUCUUAUCAUUUUGCCCCCAAAAAUCCCAGUUCCCAGCUGGGUGUCAAUCAAAAUUAAUUUGCCACUGGAAUAAUUAAUGGGAGAGCGAAGCUACUAAAUAACCCUGAAAUAACACCAGCGCCAUUGCCUUGCCUCAGCAGGCCUCACCAUGAAUAAUAAUUUUUUUUUAAGUUUUCUGUUUGCCCCACAUUUUAACUAGUUCCCCGGGUGCUGCUGUAGACUCAGCAGCUGAUCGGCUGGCCCGUUCAGGUGGGACCGCAGGCUGCCACUGCGGAAAGACCAGAGACGCCGCUAUGCUGCCGUAAUGCGAUGUAAUGAAAGCGGCGCCGCUCGGAGCCAUGCCGCAGCACAGCGCGCUGUCCUCAUGGCCUUCCACUGUUGCGUUAAUUGAAAGUCUGGGCUAUUUACGAAAUGCAUUAUCUGGGAUGAAUAAAGAGCCAUAUAUAUGCACACACCCCCUCAAUACCCUUCAUUCUGGGCCAAAAAAAAAUACUUUUUCUCUCUAAGUGCCGUUGUUUUGAAGGACGUUGUCUCAGCCCCGCCCGCCCCAUUGCC